AUGCCGUCUCAGGAUCAGCUCAAGGAGAUCUUCAACCUCUAUGAUGAGGAACUCGAUGGCAAGAUCGACGGCACCCAAAUCGGGGACGUCGUCCGGGCUGCUGGACUCAAGCCGACCAAUGCCAUGGUCGUCAAGGCUUCGGGACAGGAGUUCAAGCGUAAAGGCGAAAAGCGCAUUACCUUUGAGGAAUGGCUGCCGAUCUUCGAGCAACUGUCCAAGGAAAAGUCAUUCCGUCCUCAGUCCGGUUUCGUUCUUCUAGCACCUCUUGAACCUCAACAGUAUCUUAGCGUAUUCCUCGAAAGCCUC